AGAUGUAUGUCAAAUCCGACAACUCAUAUAGUGAAUUAAUUUACUCACUAUACUAACUCCUAACUCCUACUUGACCUACAUUUCUAUUUCCCCGGCGAAGCUAUUCGAUCUCGAUCUCAAUUUCCAAUCCACAGAUCACAAUGCUAACUCGUAAACGACUCGUCGUUUCUCUCUCUCUCGCCACUCUCCUUCUCUUCUCAUCCCUCUCUCUCUCUCUCUGCGAUAAAACCCCCCCUCAAAACGACAACAAAAAAAACAACAACGACGACGACGAAGAUCUCAGCUUCCUCGAGGAAUCCGAUGACGCUGCCACCACUUCUCACCAAGGCCAUUUUCCAGAUCCCGACGAGUUCGACGAGGACGACGGCGACGACGAGGACGACUUCGGCGACUUCGCUGGCUUCGACCACUCGUCGGAGGAGGCGUUCAAGGAGCCCGAGGUGGACGACAAGGACGUCGUCGUUUUGAAGGAGCGCAACUUCACCACCGUCGUCGAGAACAACCGCUUCGUCAUGGUCGAGUUCUACGCGCCCUGGUGCGGCCACUGCCAGGCCCUCGCGCCGGAGUACGCCGCCGCCGCCACCGAGCUCAAGCCCGACGGCGUCGUUCUCGCCAAGGUCGACGCCACCGUCGAAAACGAAUUGGCGAACGAGUACGACGUUCAGGGUUUCCCCACCGUCUUCUUCUUCGUCGAUGGGGUCCACAAACCCUACACUGGCCAAAGAACCAAAGACGCUAUAGUGACAUGGAUUAAGAAGAAGAUAGGACCUGGUGUGUCCAACAUUACUACGGUGGAAGAAGCUGAACGUGUAUUGACCGCGGGAAGCAAAGUUGUUUUGGGCUUCCUUAACUCUUUGGUUGGUGCAGAGAGUGACGAACUGGCUGCAGCAUCAAAGCUUGAGGAUGAUGUCAAUUUUUAUCAAACUGUGGUAGCUGAUGUGGCGAAGCUUUUCCAUAUUGAUGCAAGUGUUAAACGCCCUGCUUUGAUCUUGCUCAAGAAAGAGGAGGAGAAAUUGAACCAUUUUGAUGGCCAAUUUGUAAAAGCUGAAAUAGCUGAUUUUGUAACCUCCAACAAGCUUCCUUUGGUUACAACUUUUACUAGAGAAAGUGCCCCGGUAAUCUUUGAAAGUCAAAUCAAGAAACAAUUGUUGCUGUUUGUGACUUCAAAUGAUACAGAGAAGUUUGUUCCAGUAUUUAAAGAAGCAGCAAAAAUUUUCAAGGGGAAGCUGAUCUUUGUUCAUGUGGAAUCGGAUAAUGAAGAUGUAGGAAAGCCUGUUGCAGAUUAUUUUGGUAUCGCAGGGAAUGGUCCCAAAGUACUUGCAUUCACAGGAAAUGAUGAUGGAAGAAAAUUUUUGCUUGAUGGAGAGGUGACUAUUGACACAAUUACGGCGUUUGGGAAUGAUUUCCUUGAAGACAAGCUAAAACCUUUCCUCAAGUCAGAUCCAGUUCCUGAAAGCAAUGAUGGUGAUGUGAAAAUAGUUGUUGGUAAUAACUUUGAUGAAAUUGUCUUGGAUGAGUCAAAGGAUGUUCUGCUUGAGAUUUAUGCUCCCUGGUGUGGCCACUGCCAAGCUCUGGAACCAACAUACAACAAGCUUGCUAAACAUCUUCGCAGCAUUGAGUCUAUUGUUAUAGCCAAGAUGGACGGAACAACAAAUGAGCAUCCCAGGGCCAAAUCUGAUGGAUUCCCCACUCUUCUCUUCUUCCCAGCAGGAAACAAGAGUUCUGACCCUAUUCCUGUUGAUGUGGACCGUACAGUGAAAGACUUUUAUAAGUUCCUCAGGAAACAUGCAUCAAUCCCAUUCCAGCUCCAGAAACCAGCCUCAACUACUAAAACCGCCAGUGAGAGUUCUGAUGUCAAGGAGAGCCAAAGCAGCACCACCGAAGUGAAGGAUGAAUUAUGAGAGAUAAAGGAUAUUUCUAUUUAUAAAGAUAUAUGAUUCAGACAGAUGAUAACCGAGUGAAAAGGUGCUUAGCAAAGAAAGUGACACAACGAUUGGGUGAGAAAGCCGUCUAUUUUUCCUCACCCUUCCAAAAGACAACUAGCCAAGUAGAGAGAGGGUAGUGAAAAAAUGAGGUAACCUGUGUAUUAGUUUCUUCAACUUUUACAUGUUUGAGUAUUAGAAUUUUGGUUGAGACUUUAAUUUUAAAAAUGGCUCGAAAUUUUAUUUUAUCUGCAGUCAAUUUUAUUUUCGGUGUCAGAUUAUUUGGUUAUUUUUGCCCUUAGUAGGUUAAGCUAGUUGAUAAAAAAAUUGAACUUUCAUUAAAGAAUGGGUUUGACAUGCAA